UCCAUUAUCAGCUGGUCCAGAACGAUAUAAAACGGCAGUCAGAUUUCGACAGUUAAGCUAUUCAGUUGUCAGCUUUCGAGAAGUUUUGUUAUCAUGAACUCAUUCGUCUCCGUUCUUCUAGUGGCUGCUGUUGCCCUGGCUGGAGUUUGCGCUCUGACCGAGGAGCAAGUGAAGAAAGCCGAUGGAUUUGCGGCUGAAUGUCUGACGAAAUUCGAGGGCCUUACCAAAGAAGCAGUCGGAAAACUGCGUGCAGGAGAAUUCGAGAACGUUGAUAAGAAUCAGAAAUGCUUCGUCAAGUGCUUCCUGGAACGAGCUGGAUUCAUGGAUGCUGAAGGAAACCUGCAGGAAGAUUAUAUGAUCGAACGACUGUCGCUGGACCGCGAGAAGAGCAAAGUGGAAGCCCUGGUCAAGAAGUGCAGCGAGAAGAAAGAUGACGCAUGUGAGACUGCCUUUGCUGCAUUCGAAUGUUACUACAACGGAAAGGCAUCCUUGUUCUAAAUGUGAUAAAACAAAAAUUAGCCAAUUUUGUUAAUUUUGAUAUAAAUGAAUAAAAAGUUAUACAUCAUUAAAAAAA